CUCUCGUCAAUGCUCUGUCAAGGUUGGGUUAGGUUAUACACUGUAGAUGCCAUCAGAUGCCAUUAUGACCUGUCAGAAGUUUGUUUUGGUUUGCUUUGGUUUGUUUGUAAUUUGCGCAAGCAGAACAAGUUAUCGAGGGUUUCAGAAAAACGCCAUGUGCGUGACAAUGAAAAUUUUUUAAUGAGACAAGUGCCGUUGCUUCAACGUUCGUAGGUUGUAUAAGAGAAAAGAAAAAAGAAGAAAGAGGACAUAUGCAGGCUCCUCGACGCCGCAUCAUCGUCGUGUAGCUUUUAAAGAUACAUUGAAAUCAUGGAAAUGGCACUGACCGACGUUACAGAGGAGAGUGGCGAGAAGAUCCAAGUCAAUCCUCCGGUACAGAUAGUUCGGGUUCCAGUGAAACACGCUAAUCUUGGGAUACGCAGCCAUGCUAUGGAUAUGAGCACGAUGGUGGAACUUACGUCGUUUAGCACUCUGGGAAAGAUACAGCCUUUCCUAGUAACUAUCACGACUACUGCAGCUCUAUUAGUGGACUUACACUGUCACCUAACAGACAAGGAAAUCUGCGGCUAUUUAGGUGGCCACUGGGAUAUCAACUCACAUAAUCUUUCUAUAACAUGUGCGUUUCCGUGCCGAUACUCUGGUAAGGAGAAGUCAGCUGCAGCAGCUGUGGAAGCUGAAAUCGCGAGAGCUAUGGAAUGGAAGCGAGUUACGCUGGUAGGCUGGUAUCAUUCUCAUCCACGCUCUCAUGCGUCGCCUUCCUUGAGAGAUGUGGACUCUCAGUUGGACUAUCAGAUCAAGAUGAAGGGACCUAGUGAUAACGGAUAUAUACCAUGCGUGGGAUUGAUAUGCUCACCUUACAACAUGGAUGGUAAUUGUUAUGAAUCAAAUUUUAAUGUCUUCUGGUCUUUGCCACCACCUGAAAAUAGACCCCACGAAUAUCCUCGUCCGAUGCUUCUCAGUUACACAUUAUCGCAAGAGCACUUUCUCUCCCAGGAUACAUUGGAGGAGAUUAGAAGAUGUAUAGAAUAUUAUAAAAGCGAAGGUGGCAUCGACUUUACUGCCAAUUUUAACGGUAAUACAACGUAUCUUGAGCGUUUAAGAUGUUCUUUGGCAUCGAAAUUGCCUGGUCGAAACAGAUCAAACAGCUCAUAUUGGGAUGUGAUCAGAGAGAUGAUCUGCCCAGGCUCCGAGGACGGCAAUACACCCGAGUUCCUGACUAUGAAAUUUCCCUUGGUAACCUCCUCGGAAUCACUAGGACCGCCAGUUCCACCUGGCGUAGGCCUCACUGCUGGUAAUGCGGCCGUUUUUCUCGCACCGGUCAACUUCAAACCCGAUGGUGGUGCCAUAAUCACGCCCACAUCUAAGCCGUUUGUAUUACAACCGUCGACCUCGCGGGACAGCAUCAAGAAGGAUAGUGGCAUAGGUGUCAAUGACGCCGCAUCUAUCACUCAAAUAAAAGACGGCAGUUCUGUUGUGGGUUCUAAACACAUAUCGCCGUCGGAGAUAAUCCCGAGCUUUCAAUCGGGCGAACUCACUGUAUCAGUGAAGAAUGCAAAGUGCGAUUACGAUUUUGCACCCGCAGAUUUCUCCAAAUUGCCGAAUUUGGUCGGCGACGGCAAAUCCCGAACGUCGACGAAUUCUGAUUUUCCUCUAGCGGAUAUCACUCAACAAAUCACAAAAUUCUCAGAUCUGACGAAACUGGCGAACUUCCCCACUACCGAUCUGGCGAAGCUAUCUGGUUUUUCCAUUGCAGACUUUACGAGAACCUCAUCUCCCUCGCCGUCCACGUAUAUGCGCAACAUUGCGAAUUUGUUCGGUCCCCUGGGCAAGAUCUCGCCGGCAAAGGACAUGGACAGUAACGAACGUAAACCAGGUGAUUUCGUCACCGUUGACUCUAUUACAUCACCCUUCAAGGGUAUCAGUUCGGAAGCUUGCCGAAACUUUUCAGUGGACGAUUAUACGAACGAUCGAAAGAAAUUGGAUCCGACGCAGACCGAUCCGACGAAAAUCGGCAGAUUAAGCGAAUAUCAGGGAACAGAAGAUCUAACAAUAUCAAGUGUUAAAUCUGACUUUGGAAGCAUGUUGGAUAUGACGACAUUGCAUAAAAAGCAACAAUCAUCUCAAUCGAUCGAUAUGGGAGAUUCUUUGAAUCUUUCUAAAGACCGGUAAAUCUAUAAAAUAUAUUUAUACACAAAAUAUCGUAUACUGGUAAAAAAUCAUUCUAAAACUUGUCUAAAUUUGCCAAUACUUGAAAUUAUUAAUUUCAUUUGAACAGAGUAUUAGAAAUUACGUGCAUCCAAAUCUCAUUUGUAUUGUUAUUAGCUUUAAAAAAAGUAUUAUCGAUAUUUAUGUUAAUAUUGCGCGUGAUACUAUUUUAAAUCAUUUACAUCUUAAAUUAUUUUAGAUUUUAUUAAAUCAGUAUUUUAUUAACAUAAGAAUGUGCAGCAAUUAUAUUGCUAAAUUAUUGGCAACAAGACUUACUAACAAAAUCUCUAUUUUGUUUUAUUUAGUGCUUAAAUUUAUUUUUUGCAUUGAUAUAUGUACGAAAACGUAUGUAAGUUGUGGAUAAAUGAAUUUUUAUAGUGAUUUUUUUUAUAUAAAUGGAUAUUUCGUUUACUUAAUUUUAUAUGUCUGAAAGUAUUACGAAUAUUCAUAAAAUGGUGAUUUAUAAGUGCAUAAAAUAUUAAAAUAAAUCAUUAUAUGCAAAGAAGA